AUGUGCACAUUCCAAGGUCAAAGCAGGUUAGACUCUGCUAAGAUUGACACAGAUGGUGGAUUAGAAGAUACCCCUCGGUCUCAGAAGCGAUUACAGGCAAAUGGUGGUACCUUAAAAUGGUCACAGAUCUGUGAAGAACGAGUACUUGACCAAAAUCGAAGGAAAGAGGAUAUUGAGAAUAGCCCAAAAUGCAGGGGUUCUCAAGGACGGAAAGAGGAUAGAACUUAUAUCAGCUCACAAAAUCAAUUUACCAUCUUGAAAGUGCCAUCAGGGGUUGACAGCAAAUGCGAGACGAGCCACAAGCUUGCCAGUAGUGUUAAAUAA